CCGACUUUUACGCGUUUCAGGCGGAGUUCAGGUCUUAAAACAAACUUCUUCACCUCCUCACCCCACAGUUGGAACUGAGUUACCAGCCUUCCUCUGAACGAAUGGGCCGCUAACGACAGUGGGAUACUUGAUCCAAGCGCUCACUUCCCUGCCCUGGUUCAUGGCGCUCGCGCCACUUCACGUCGGAUCUGCUCACUUCUAAUGGGAAAGUGUCCCCGUCAUGUCACGCUGUGACAGAAGACGAAGAAAGACCGUCGUCGCGUGGCCGCCGAGCGAAGGUGUUUUGAGUCAAAGCAGUUGAGCGACAGCACUGUGGAAUCAAUGUGGUGUCAGCUGGAAGGACGCGGGGUCCGGAUCUCACCUAAACGCUGAUACGUCUUGGGAGUGAUGCACUGGCUUCCCCUGGUUGCCAUGGUGAUCGCCUCGGCUCUGCCCUUCCCUCAAAGCCCCGUGUCCAGGAUCGCCGCCGCCACGACAGAGCCUGGCUUCGUAGAGCGCCGUCAUGACCGGGCCAGCAGCCUCAUGGAGCGACCUUCCAGCGAGCUCUCCCGCGGCGCCACCUCGCAGACGGAUUACGACCCGGCGGAGAAACUCCGGGACGACGGUUCAGAGAAUCCAGGAGCGCUUAGGAGCACCUCCGAAGGAAAUAUGUUUCUGGAUUUAAACUCGAGGGACCCACAAGGCCACACUGAGGACUGGAGAGAGUCUUUGGCGAGUCCCGCAACCCAAAGCAAAAGUACUGCAAUUCCUGCUGCUGGCGCUCAAGCUGAGCCAAUCUCAGACCCCAGAACGAUGGACGACGGGCUCUGGUUGGACAAUACUAUCCUUGAAGGAGGAGGGAUGUUUCUGGACGCUCAUCCUCGAGUCCUGUUUUCGCCGUCUCCGUCGCCCCCCAAGCACCCUCCACUCCUGCUAAUGUUGGAAUCCGGCCUCCUGGAGGAAGACGGCGAGGAUAUAGAUGGACACAUCGAGGGUCACGGGGACCGGGCCACGGAUCGGACUGGUUGGGCGGAGAGCUCCCGCGCUCUCAGGAGGGACAAACGCUCAGAGAUAGACAGGCGGCGAGGGGAGCGGUCAGUGUGUGAUUCGGAAAGCGGCUGGGUCACUGACAAGGUGACGGCCACGGACUCUUACGGCCAAAACGUCACCAUCUUGAAGAAAAUCCAAACUCAAACAGGUCAGAUAAACCAAUACUUUUUUGAGACUCGCUGCCGACAAGCACAACCGGCAGGCGACGGGAACAGGGUGGCGGCCGCUGCCAGAUCGCCGGAAAUGGGCGUGGCUGGCGCCGGCUGCCUGGGCGUGGACAAGAAGCAGUGGGUGAGCCAGUGCAAGGAGAAGCACUCGUUUGUCAGAGCGCUGACCAAAGACGCCAACAACCGGGUCGGCUGGCGGUGGAUCCGCAUCGACUCGUCCUGUGUUUGCGUGCUGCUGUCCAGAGCCAAUCGCACGCCGGCGAGGGAGGUCUUGACCAGGAGGGGGAGGGGCUAAGCAAUGCUAUUUCUCUUAAUAAAACACCAAGACCUCAACUCCAGAUCUUAGGGACGAUUUCAUAUCUAGAUUUUUCAAAGGUUUUCUACUCAUAAGUUAUUUGACUAGUACGUAAGCAUGUAUGAUAUUAAUAUAUUCUGUGAUAUAAAUGUGACACCAGUAUACGUUCAUGUAUGCAGCUAUGUAUAUCUGUGUGUAUUUAUAGACACGUGGCUGGAAGCUGUCUCCAGUGUCUGAUGAUAAUUCCAGCCUGCCGCAGGUCUGAGAGGACGCGGCGCCCCCAGCUGAGGCUCCUCGUUAAUGCUGCACACUGUUCCCUCACAAACGCAGCAGCAGCAGCUGAUGAUGACGAUGAUGAUGUCGUUACUGUUCAUGAAAGCAUGAGGUCUGUAAACGCCAAACCGGUAAUAAACGUCUUUGUACUCGGCACUUUUUCAGCUGGUGAUUUGUGACGCCUACACAACACUGAACACCAAACUGCAGUCUUGGUGUGAUGCUACCUCAUAGUUUUUUAUUGUGCAGUUAUACAGGAACAGCUUGUGUAUCUGUCUGUUUGUGUGUUGUGCGGUGGGCUAUUUGUUGUUUGAGGAGGUUGAGCUUGUUCUAUUGUGGCAUAUUGGUUCAUAUUGUCGAGCAUUUUGGCUUUUACAAACUUGCUGUUGCGCUCACUGGUUUCAGUUCACCCUUCAGUUUUCUUGCUUUGUUUUCGAGUCACUGUUUAGUAGUUUAUCCUGCACAGACUUUGUGUGCGUCCAUUACUACUGAGUGGUUUUCUUUUGUGUUAAGUGAUUGCCGUUUCUGAUCGCUGCGUUGCUCUUGUGUUAACUGACCUGUUGUUGUGUUUACUGAGUACGGCUGCAGCUAGCGAUUAUUUUGGUCGUCGACUAGUCACCGCCGGUGAUGACAGUUAGUCGACGAGUUGCUGUACGAAGUGCACGGGUGGACGAACACGCCCACGUGGCUGGUCGCAGUGUUGCAAAUACAGUGAAAUAUAAAUGAAGUACUGCACUGUGGGACAAAUCUCAUAUGAUCUAAUAAAAAAAUGUAUGUAAAAUGUUGUGUUGACCUGUGUAGUGUUAAAUCUUUUUUGGAACUUCAUAGUUGAAUUUGAAUUGCUCCAAUGUGUCAUGAAAGGCAUGAGUCCUUUGACGUGUCCUUUGUUAACAUUGUUUUGGAUCACAGUGGUCCCAGAGCCUCAGGCUUUUCUCUUCUUACGGUGGAAGAGAAUGAUGGCAUCAUGACUAGUAAUGGCUGUUUACAGUCGACUCUGUUGACCAGUGGUUGCAGCCCUACUCGUGUGCAAUGUGUUGUCUUCCGAUUUGUUGUGUCCAGUGAUUUUCCCCUGAACACUACAAGUAGGUUGUAGUUGUCCAUUCACCAAGGUGCUAGUUGCUAUGUUGUUGCGUUCACUUCUCAACUCAAAACGAGCAAAAUCAUUUACAGAAACAGCGACGAGCAGCGAUCGAGCAUCGGCCGACAGAAGAGGCCGAAGGAGUGCGACAGUCAGCAGCUGGACCGCUUUAUUUCUUUUUUCCGUUUACAUCACCAUUGUCAAUAAUUGUUAUUGUUAAUCUCUGUAUGAUAUUUUCACUUUAAAGAUGGAAAUCUGUCGAGAGGUUUUUCGAAUGUUCACACACAGAAGUCGCACUUGUCGAACGAAUCAAGAAGGACCAGGACGUGUACGUACGAUUAUCCAAUACAGACCUAAAGAAAAUAUUCAUCGUAGAAAAUAAAAAACUGAAAAAAAUACACACGUUAUACAAAUUGAUCCCCCAGGCUGUCCCCACCCCUCCCGCCCCGUCCUCGUUUAUCAUACAGAUAGAUAUUUUCAAACGACACCUCAUAGCUUCACCACCAAAGGAGAUUAGGUCGUUUGUUGGACAUGCAUCGUAAACACUAAAGGUUUUGUUUCCUGGACGUCCCAGCGGGUCUCGCACCCCCCCCACAGAGCUCCGGGUUCAGGUAUGGCUUGUGUGAGCAGUGAAAUGUCCAGGUUCUGGUUCUGUCUCUCUGUCUCUCCUCGAUGAUGAUUACAGGUCUUCAGCAGCAACAGUUCUUC